UUUACAAACAUACGCAAACAAUGGCUACGUAUAGGAAGCAAUGACAUAUAUUCUAAAAUAUGAUGAGAUGGUGUGUUCAGUGUGGAAUAUUUUUCUACGUGUGCAUAUUGAUAACAUGUUUACUGCCAAUUCUGUGUUUCACUCUAGAAAACAUUUCUCUGCCAGAACCAGUUUUAACUAAAUCCUUACAAACACGUCUCUACAAUACAGGUAUACAAAAGAGCAAAACCUCAUCGCCUGGGGUAUUUUUCAAUAAGAUAGAAUUUACUUUCCAUGAGCCGAGAACUGAAUUUCAGCUGAAUAAUUUUCACCAUGGUCGAUUUAGAAGGGAAACAUCUGGUGUUCUUAGUGCUGAUGAUAUUCAAGCAAGCCACGUAAAAACGAAUAGUUUAACAGCAAAGCUGGUCAAAGCGGAUAAAGUGAGAGCAAGAAAUGUGAAAGCUUCCAUCAUAACUGUUGGCAAAAAAUCAGCAUUGCAAAAAUUUGAUAGUUCAAGAAUGUCAGGAAAUUUUGUUUCAAAGCAGUAUGUAAAAAUUCCGGAGGAGGUAACAGCUGUAACAUCGGGGCGAAAUUUUCGUAAUCGUGCAAACUUAUACAGAUUUAAAUCAAGAAAUCCGAAGAAAAAAAAAUAUUCCUUUCGGUGGAAAAAAUUCAAAAGAAAACCGUCUCCUUUUACAAGAAAUUAUUUUAUACCAUCCGAUCAACACAGGCUUAUAAAAAGUUUUACUAUAGUAAAGAAAAAUGAGAGAUUGAAAAAUGUAGAUUCCAAAAAUCGUAUGUCGAAAUCUAAUGAUCUGUUCAAAAAUAAGAAAUCAACAAUGCAUCAAGGAUUUGUACGGUCAAGGAAGAAUACUGAGCCACACAUCUCUGAUAAAACACAGAAUGAGUCACAAAUCUCUAAUAGAACACGGAGUGAGCCACAAAUCUCUGAUACAAAACGGAGUGAGCCAAAAAUAUCUAAUACAACACGGACAGAAAGUAAAGAAAUGUCACUAGUUCAAAAGAGAAACAUUUUGUUGGAAAACUGGAAAAGUAAUCUUUCGGUGUUUAAAAGAAAACAAGUCAUACAAAAUUUAGAAAUGAACAGGAAAAAUGGAUAUGUACGUAAAUCAUCAGCAACUUAUAAAUAUACGAGAGGUAAACACACUCCUGUUCAAAACACUAACAUGCUUCAAAACAAAUUGUUGAUGGCAAAUACUAAAGAUGUUACUGUUAGACAUGUACAAUCACAGGAAGCAAGUUCUAACGACUUCUACACAUAUAGUGAAGAGUAUGAUAGUGAGAAAAUAUCCAAAGGAGACGAUGAUAGUGACCCAUUGUUAAAACGUCGUUUGAAAACAAAACUUCCAUCAAGGUCUACAGAUUCAGUUCGAGCUAUACAGGUUCAUGAUAAUAAUGGAUGGAAAAAAAAAGAAUCUUUCUAUAGCAAUUCUGAUAGUUACGAAAGCUUGGAUUAUGAAGAUGAUAUGCAAGUUCCUUUAAAAGCCGAUGAACCCCUAAAACCGUAUGAAUCUUUUUUUGACAGCGACGAAAAUGAAAGUGUAAAUGGUAUUGAAGAGGAUGAUAGUGAGAAAAUAUCCAGAGGAGACGAUGAUAGUGACCCAUUGUUAAAACGUCGUUUGAAAACAAAACUUCCAUCAAGGUCUAAAGAUUCAGUUCGAGCUAUACAGGUUAAUGAUAAUAAUGGAUGGAAAAAAAAAGAAUCUAUCUAUAGCAAUUCUGAUAGUUACGAAAGCUUGGAUUAUGAAGAUGAUAUGCAAGUUCCUUUAAAAGCCGAUGAACUCCUAAAACCGUAUGAAUCUUUUUUUGACAGCGACGAAAAUGAAAGAGUAAAUGGUAUUGAAGAGGAUGAUAGUGAGAAAAUAUCCAGAGGAGACGAUGAUAGUGACCCAUUGUUAAAACGUCGUUUGAAAACAAAACUUCCAUCAAGGUCUAAAGAUUCAGUUCGAGCUAUACAGGUUCAUGAUAAUAAUGGAUGGAAAAAAAAAGAAUCUUUCUAUAGCAAUUCUGAUAGUUACGACAGCUUGGAUUAUGGAGAUGAUAUGCAAGUUCCUUUAAAAGCCGAUGAAUCCCUAAAACCGUAUGAAUCUUUUUUUGACAGCGACGAAAGUGAAAGUGUAAAUGGUAUUGAAGCUUUCAAUAUUGAACAGAAAGCUGUACAAAAAAGAGUAUACAAUGCUUAUGAUAAAAAUUACGUAUCACCAAACAACAGAGCUGACAAUCAAGAGAGAGAAUACACAAGUAGCGAUAAUACACUUUUUUCUGAAAGCGAACCCUUUUUAUCUAGUUCAGACCAUGAUUGGUCGGUAUAUGAUUCAAGUAGCUACGAGGAAAAUAAAAGCCAACAACCUUUACACACUGAAAAAUCUAACGACAAAAUUAUCAAAAUUACUAGUGACUCAGCGGAAAAUGUACCCAAAACAUCUCUACACACUGAUAAAUCAGAUGACAAAGUUAUAAAAGAUUAUUACUAUAUAGACAGUAAUGAAAAUUCUAUUGAAAGCGAUUAUAAUAAUAACAAUGAAGAAGAGUAUUUUCCUCGCAUCUUUCAAAAUAUGAAAAUCGUUCACACUGACAAUGAUUUAAUCAAUUCACAAGAACAUGAUUAUAACGACUUCUACACAGAGAGUAAAGAAAAUGAUAGCGAUGAAACAUCUAAAGGAGACGAUGAUAGUGACGGAUUGUUAAAGACAAGUAAAACUAUCAAAACGAAUCAUACUUCGGCAGAAAGUAGCGAAUUUCUCAAUGAAUCAUUCGAAAAUUGGUUCAGUAAUAGUGAAAAUAUAUAGUCAAAUACGGAAGAAGAAAACAGACAACUGAGUACUUGAUCCACAACCGGUUUGGGAAAUAAAGGCAACAAAUAAAGGCAACAAAUAAAACAGA